UGAACAUGAGAGCAGGAAGUCAGAUCAAAGCGAUCGAGGACUGAAUGAAGUGAGAAUAGAAACUCGUCAAGUCGUCACGUUUAUCCUCCUACACCAUCUAAAUUCCCUUUUAACUCGGACAAGAUGGAUGACCGCUCUGGCGGUGAUGUGGAGCCCGCAGGGUCCUCACCCAAUACCGUGAUACUCGAAGCGGCCAAAAACAUGCCUAAAGGACCACCCAACAAAAAGCUGAAGCAGACAGACCUUCUGAGCUCCUUUCAACGGAGUCGUGAAAAGCAGACUGCCAGAGAUGAUGAAUCUGGGGAGACGUCACAUAAUGCUCAGGAAAGAAUGGCCUCAAUCACGUCAGACUCAGCAAGAGUUAUUAAGGAAGAGACGCCCUCAGAGAGUGAUCAUGCGCUGCAGCUGGAAAGGAUGAAUGAUUCGUGGGAGAAAGAUACUAAAGCAGGAAUGUCAAAAUAUGAUAUUCAGCAGAAAUCACAAAGGAAAAGCCACUAUAUCCAGUUCCGUUUCAAGCACAAUGAAUACGCAGUGACCUGCGACACAUCCAUGACUGUAUUCGAGGCUCUGAAUACAAGCAAUAUUUUCAAGAACAUUAAAAAGAAGAACAUGAAGAAAGAAAUGGUCAUUCAGAGACCCAAAGGACAAGUUCCUAGAGCGGCUGUGAAGACUGAUUUCCCCUGCUGUCUUAUUCAAAGUGAUGAGAUCUUAAACAUAACGUUCAUCAAUAAGGAUGGAAAUGCAUCUGCAGAGCAUAAGCCAACUGUAGAUAUUUCAAAUCCUGACUCUUUUGUCACUUUUUAUAUCCACACAACAGGAGGGGAGACAGUAAAACUGUUAAUGAAAAACAAGAAUCUGAGGCUGAAUGUUGAUGAUGUUUGUGUGUAUGCAUUCAAAGGAGAGGAUUUCUUAACUGCUCUUAGCCGUGAUGGACGAUUUAUUGAUGAUAUAUUCAAGAAAAUCUAUGCUCUCUGUGAGAUGGAUAGUGAGAAAAUCCAUGAAAUGUCAAACGAUGUGAAGCAUUUUAGUCAAAUGCAUUUUAAGGUAAUAUUUAUCAGUGACAUUGAUCAGCCAGAUACCCAAAAUGUCUUAGAUACUACCAAGACAGAAUCAGAUUCAGUCGCCUCAACUAGUACUUUGACAGAAAAUGUUGACCCCAGCCUCCAGCUUCCCAUCAACAACGAAAAAGAAAAAACCCGAAGGAGAAAGAGACCGCAAAAAAAAAAAGGUCCUAAAAGGGAGAUUCAAAAUUCCAAAGAGAUUCUGGGAAUUCUGCGUGCUCAGUUUAAAGGUUUAAUGGAGACGGUAAAGAAGCGAGAGAACCUAAAGAAAAACCCUGAGGUCCUGAAGUUCUUCAGAGAAGAAUAUCAUAAAAGUGUUGAGAAUUUUUCGGAGGUGAAGAAAGUGAAGCAGCUCAUGAGACUCUCUGACUCUGUGUGUCAGAUUCGAGUCGGGGGGGGCGCCGUAGGAACCGGCUUCCUACUCUUUGACAGAUUCAUCCUCACUAAUGCUCAUGUUAUUGGGAUAUCGACUGAGCUUACGCCAGAGAAUGUUGCACAGUACACAGCUGUAUUUGAUUAUGAAGACAUGGAUUUAAAGGUCAAGCGCAUACCAGUUAAACAACUCAUAGCUUUCUGUUAUGGGAAGGCUGACGGUGGCAUGCAUCUUGACUAUGCUCUUCUUGAAUUGGAUUCUGGUGAUGAAAUUGCAGAGUCUCCUAAAAUAGAUUCUGCUAAAGAAAUUGCUGUAUAUCCUGAAUUGCUCAGUAGUUACAGUCCAAACCCUCCUAACAAAGGUCAUAUCUGCAUUUUGGGACAUCCAGGAGAAGGGGUCAAGAAAAUGGACCCCUGCUUCAUCAUUGAGAGAGAGAAUCGACUGAAGGCUGCAGAUAAAAAUGCAUCUGUGAAUAAGCAUUUAAUUCAUGUUAUGAUGGAGGUGUAUAAGGAACAGAAAUGGGACUUUUCAGCACAUGAAAACAAGUUUACGUAUGAUUCUUGUUUCUUUCAUGGAUCUUCUGGCUCUCCAGUUUUUGAUGAACACUGCAAACUGAUUGGUGUGCACACUGGUGGAUAUAAGUACAACGAAGAAGGAACUAAAACUAGGAGCGUUAUGGAAUACGGCUUUACCAUGCAGCCUAUCCUGGAAUCCAUCAGUGCACAGGCUAAAAUAAAAGGUUUGCAUGAGAUCGUUAAUGCCUUAAAACCCUACAUCAGUAAAAGCAAAUCGUCUGAAGAUCAACAGAAUUCGACCGACUGUGAGAUGGUCGAUGCCGAACAGUCUUGAAUGAAUCUGUCCACCUUUUCACGAUGUCUGUCUUGCUUUUUUGGGAAGGUCUACAAAGUCUUUCAUUUUGAGAGACCUAAAAUAUAUGUUUUUUUCACUGUCAUUAUAGAGUUUCAAUUUAAAAAAAAAAAAUAAGAUUACACCAUUAUUUUUGACAAAUGUAAAGUCAUGCAUCUGAUUUGUGCAAAGACAGCAGAGCAGUGAACAUUAUUCAUUCGGCAGAGACUAAAGAUACAGUUUUUAUUUUUAUUGUUCAUUCUGUAUUGUAUUUUCUUUACAUUGUUAUUCAUACAUACUUGUGUAUUCAUAUGCUUUCAUUAACAUAUUCAUUUAACAAAUCUUUCACUCAUGUAUUCUUCUUUAUAUCUAUUGUUUUGGAUAAUGUUUUUACUUUACAUUUUGUUGAGGUUUUAUGCUGAUUUUACAUUGAUUUAUCUGAAUAUUUUUCAAGGCAAGCUUCCACAUCACUCAUCUCUGAAUCACACAAAUACAUCAAAUUAUUCACUGUAAUAUGAGACAAGAAUACACAGCUACAAUCAAAUGUGUAUCUCCACUACAGUAAAUACAUUUAGAAACAUUUAGAGUUUAUUAAAGGGGAAUUUCAGCAGAUCACUGUUCUUCAUGCUUUCAUGAUGAAUUUAGCAUUAGCAUGUACCUUGCUUGUGUGUGUUGUUAUUGAGUGUUGAUCAUGUUGAGAAGCUUCGAGGAUCUUCAGUUUGCUGGGUCUGGAAAAUUCUGUGAAUGUCCUAGAAACAAGAUAUAUAACUGAUUAA